GCGUGGAGUUGCUUUGUUAUUCGGUCGGUCUGUAAUGGGAGAAAAUCUCUAUCAGUCAAGUAGAAGUAAACAAUAUCUGAAAUUUUUCCACAGGCCUCCAAUCCUGUACCUUUAUAGCAUUUAUUCUUUAUUUGUUUCUAUAUCAUUUAAGCUUUAUUUGAUCCCAUUAACUGUCAGAAAUCGGAAAUGGCUCAAAAGUGUUGCUGAGAUCCUUACACAUGGGGAUUUGUGGAAUAAUAAUUUAUUAUGGAAUAACAAUAAUCCAAACAGACUUGCAGCUUUUAUAGAUUGGCAAUUGGCAACUAUAGGCAAUCCAAUGACUGAUAUAUCUAGAUUAAUGUUGGCAACUGUAGAGCCCGAUCUACGUAAAAAUAUUGAAAAGGAAGGGACAAUUUUAGAAUUAUAUUUAAAUGAGUUAAAUAAAAAAUUGGUUGAACAAGGAAUGGAAAAAGUAAAGUAUGGAAUUGAAGAACUUCAGCAUGUUUACAAUUUGGCAAUUAUUUCACAAGCUAUUGGCAGGGUUAUGGAAAUUCCGUUUUUUGAAAGAGGGACACCAGAAAAUGAUCCAGAAUUCAAAGAAAAAAUGGAAUGUAUUAAAACGAGGGCAAAAUGUAGCAUUAAUGAUGCCUUAAAGAUUUUGGAAAUGGAAGCACCUGAAUGGCUAAAUAAAGAUGAGGAGAAAAAUGGGAGGAAUAAUUGA